AUGAAUGAAAGAGCACGGAUCACUUCGAAUCGUCAUUGUUCAGAGAAGCAACAACAAUAUAGUGAAGUGUUUAGUAGUAAACAUAAUACAACACUGAAAAUACUUAGUGAAAUAAUAAAUUGUCUUCAUUCAGUUUAUGUGAACCCAGCUUUCAUUGUUCAAUUAUUUGCACAUUUAUUACAUCGUUUAAAUGCACGACUAUUCAAUUUUAUUAUUGGCUAUGAUUGUGAAAAAAAUUAA